ACGCGUCGACGGCUGCUGAAGCGCUCAUGGAGCUCGGAUGUCGCUCCACUUCGUCUGAAGAGGUUGAAGGCGAUUCUGAACGGACAGCCGAACGGGACGUGGAACCCGUGACAGCUCAAGGCGAUGAGGAACGGGCUGGUGAACGGGAUGCUUCGCCGACAGCUGAACUGACAGCUGAAGGGGAUGCUGAGCCCGUGAUAGUAUCUCAAGGCGAUCCUGAAGCGAUGGCGGCGAGUUCCACGCUUCACGGAAAAAAACAAGACCGCUCCCCUGCUUAUGUCGCGGAUGAGUCCCCUAAGGGAGUCGAGGAUGAUGCCGUGGUGCGGGAAGCUGGUGAGGGGGAAAUCAUGGAGCUAGACGACGGCGAAGCUGCUGAGAAAGAAGAGAAAGAUAAGACUGGUGAGAAAGAUCGACAAACUCCGAAUGUCGCGGAGGGGUCUCGCCAGGACGAGAUGGACAUCGCAGGGAAUGAGGACGCGAACGAGGAGAGGCGAAGCGACAAGGUGUCAUCCCCUCCCCAGAAAGUCUUGCACGCACAUCAUGUGGGUGAUGACGACCAACCAGCGGAUGACCAUGUCGAGCGCACGGGAGAUCACGAGGAUCGCGUGGCGAAGCGGAUCAUCAGCAGCAGCCCUCUAACUCCUGCGGGAGCUCAAACGCCGCAGGCGGCAGAAAUCAGAUCGGUGCAGACGCCUGCCACGCAGCCGCCGCAGCACACGCAGUCGGGGCUGACCCUUGGGGACAUGGCGGAGCCGAAUCUGUGGCUGUCGCCGCCUGCCAGCACCAAGUACACGCUUGAGAAGCUUGGGGACUUCCCGCCGUUCUCGCCGCGACUGCCGGCGAUCAUGCGCGGCUACAGCGCAGGGUUGCCGUACCUGGACCCAAGCGCGCACCAGCAGGCCGUCAGGAUGUCGCCGUCUAGGGGAGCGCCGUCGGGAUUCGCCCCGCCGCAAGCCCUGGGCGGACCAAGCGCCGAUGCCACAGAAAGCCCGCCAGCCCCCUCCGCCGAUUCCGCCGUUCCGCAAUCCGGUCUUCCAGCGGACGAGAGAGCCGCAGCUGCUACGCGGAAAACGUCGGACGAUCGGGAGCCGACGAACGAUGAGCAGCGCGCAAUUCGCGCGACGGCCGGUGGUGGUGGUAGCGGCGAUGGCGGUGGUAGCGCCGAUGUUGCUGGUGGUGCUGCUGCAAGCGAGCGUGGACCCGGUGUUUCUGGUGGUGGCGGUGGUGCUGCUGCACCCGACCGCACUGUCGAAGGGAACGAGAACGAUGAGAGGGGCGAAGAGGACGAGAAUGGCGAGAGGGGCGAGAAAACUGCGAAGACUGGGGAUGCAGAGGACCGUGCGGCGGGUGUGAGCCCGUCGGUGCUGAAAUGGAGAGCGGCGGAUACUAACGAUCGUCGUUACUUGCGCCCAGACCAGCCGAGGAUGGCUCUUGACGCGGAUUCGACUGCCGCGCACGCCUCUCCCGUGCGUCCAGCCCGACAGGAUCAGCCCGGGGAAUUGCCCAGUGUUGUUGGUGCUGCAAGCCGCAGCCAUGUGCAAGAGAGCAACGUGGGCAGUGAUACGAGGGUGACUGAGGGAGGACCGUGCACGCAAGUGCAUAGAGGGGAGUCGCAGCAGCACGUUUCAGGAGGGUUGGGCGAGGCUCCGAGCAGUCGCAAAGAGGCUCUUACGCACUGUGGCGAACAUCUGUCGCGGGCGUAUGUUACCACCGGCCGGAGGUCGUUUGUGGUUGGCUCGUUAGGCUCAACCCUUACGGAACGCGUCAAUGUACUUUUACACAAACCAACAACGAGUACAAGCGAUAGCGAGGAUGGCGAGACCGAAACUGCAAAUUCGGACGGAGGCAAUUCCAGCGUCAACAUUCACGCCUCAUCCCAUCUUGACAGCGGAGGCGCGGAUUCGAACGACGAUGGGUCAGGCGUGGUUGAGAAGGACCAGGGCGCGCGGGAGGGAGAGGGGGAGGUGGAAGGGGGAGAGCACAGCGCCUUGGGAGCAGCCGCGGGAUCGAACGGCGCUAAAGGCGGUGGGGACGUGGGCAAAGGUGACAACAGCGGUGGUGACAACAGAGGGGCCUCACAGACUGCGCGAGCUCGGCCGGCGGAAGACGGUAGCUGGGCGUCGGAAGUGCCGGCGGAAGAACAGCCGUCCCUUUCACUGGCGGGCGCGGAAAGAAGGGGCGCGGAGCGUACGGGUGCGGAACGUACAGGCGCAGAAAGGACCCACAAAAGGGGCGCGGGCUUGGUGAAGCUGCAGCCGCGCAGGGCGCUGAGCGGAAGCCCCGCGAUUUCCCCGUCCUUCUCGAUUCCCGCAUCCCCCGCUUCCGGCUCCCCCCUUUUGGCGCCACCUGAGCCGAGUGUAUCCCAGUCCGCUGGCAGGGAGCGUCCAGCGGAGCGGGCGCCUGCCCUGCAGCCUGGAGCGCUUGUGCCUCAAUCGCAGCCUGCGGUACAGCCACAUUUGGGGAAACAGCCAAUGAAUGGCGGCCAGGGAAGUUUGGAGCGCGGUAACCGCACAGCAAGUGGUGGGAGGGAGCCGGUUGGGAGAGAUGCGGCUGAAGGUGACGUGGCGUCAGGCGAAGCACGGGAGAAGCUUCCCAGGGCACGCGAGGGGUCAAAGCGCGCCAAGUCUCAGGAGAUUGGGGGAAGUCGAGGUGAUGAGGGGGGAAGAGGAGAAAGAGGAGGAGGAGGAGGAGGAGGAGGAGGAGGAGGAAGAGGAGGGGUAGGAGGAGGAAGAGGAGGAGGGGUAGGAGGAGGAAGGGGAGGGGUAGGAGGAGGAAGGGGAGGGAUAGGAGGAGGAAGGGGAGGGGCCGAUUUGGGGGAUGGAAGUGGUGUUGGGGGGACUGCAACAGCAGCAGGGAAUGCGUCCAUUGUUCCUUGGCAUCCCAGCAACUCACCCGCAGCUACUAGCGGGGCGGCUUGUAUGGGGUUUCCAGUGUACUCGCCCCAAUUGCCUCCUAUUGGUAGCUACUUCGUUAUGAGCCCUCUGCAGCAGCAUCAUUUGAGCCCAAUGCAGCAGCAGCAGCAGCAAUUUCAAAUCUGCUCCCUGUCGCCACAGCGUCACUUGAGCCCAAUGCAGCAGCAGCAGCAGGUGCAAAUCUGCUCCCUGCCGCCACAGCAUCAAAUGCACGCCAUGGUCCCUCAACACCAAACAUUGCCCCCCCAGCAGCAGCAAUACAUGCAUGCCGUGCCGCCGCAUCCGCACACGCUCCCGCCCCAGCAGUUGCAGCAGCAGUACAUGCAUGCCUUGCCCCAUGGCCAAUCCCCACCCAGGCCCCUGCCGCCUCUCCCCGUGCCUGUUGUCAUCGGUUCCCCCAUUCUCCACGGCUCCCAUCGCCCCCCAGCUUCUCGUGGGAACCAAGGGCAAGCAGUGAUGAUGCAAGGGGCGUCGGCCAUUCCCUUAGCACCAGGCGCCUACCUCCAGCCUGCUGCUUCCACAGGUGGGGUGUCGUCAGGAGGUGGGAGAGAAGGGGGAGGAAGAGGGGAAGGAAGCAGAGCGGAGGGAGGCCAAGGGGAGGGAGGAAGAGCGAGUAAGACAUCACGAGGGGUACAAACCCCUUCGCCCCAGUCCUCAGCAAGUGCCUCCUUCCGCCCUUCCCCAGUCCACCCUCCCCCUCCCCCUGUGUACUCCCCGGCUGCUUCCUCCUGGGUGCCGUUUGCCCUGCCCCCUGCUGCCUCUGUUGGCCCGGAAACGGGUAAGCUUCCAAUUUACCCGAUAAAACCUGGGGUGCAGAAGGCUCACGCCAGGAGGGAUGUUCGCCCGGAUGUGUCAGGCGCAGGCGAACAGCAAGUGGAGAGCUUGCAAGAUCAGCAGCAGCGCCAUAUGCAGCAAGUGCAGGAGGUGCUAGCAUACAGGCAAAUGGUCGCAGCUACGAAUAAGCCAAAAACGUGGGGUCAAGGGCACGUGAGAAUGCCAUCAGCAGCAGCACCACCACCAGCACCACCAGCACCACCAGCACUAGCAGCAGCAGCAGCAGCAGCACCAGCAGCAGUAGCAGCAGCAGCAAAAGCACAAGAAGUGCCACCAGCAGCAUCAGGCCCAGUGUCCCUCACUCUGUCUCUACAGAGCAACAGCAGCAGCAGCGGCAGCAGAGCUCAGCAACCCCUGGGCCCUCAACCAAUUCGUGGCGCACAGCAAGCCCUUGCAGCACAAGCCACUGGCUUACCACCAACCCUUGGCGCAGCAGCAUCAACGCCCGGUGCACAGCCAGCUCUUGAAUUUCAAGCCAUUGGCUUACGACCAGCCAUUGGCAGCGCAGCACCACCACCACCCCCCGGCGCACAGCAAAGUGGUGCGGCAGGGGAGGAGUGGCAGCAGAGGCAGCUGCAGGCCCACGAGCUGAGGCGGCAGAGGGUGCAGAAGAUUCUCCAGCAGCAGCAGCAGCACCCGCAUUCGCCCACUCAGUUCCCGCAGCUGGCUGAUCUGCAGGCGCAGAUUCAUAAGCAGCAGCAGAUGCAGAGCCAGAGGCUGCCAGUGCCGCCACGCCAGCGGCAGCACCCCCAGCAGCAGCAGCAGCAGCACCUCCAGCAGCAAGUUCAGCGGGUGCUGCAGCAACAAGCGCCAAGGCUUAUGCUGGGCGCGGCUUUGAGGGCGUGUAGCAGUGAAGGGGAGUUGGGAGGCGUGCCUUAUCAGCGGCAGGGGCUUCCUGCUCAUCAGCAGCAGCAGAUGGGGCCGGCUUAUCAGAACCAGUUGCCACCUUAUCAGCAGCAGCAGUCUACUUAUCAGCACCAGCAGCAGCAGCCUGCUUAUCAGCACCAACUGGUGGUCACAGGCAUGGGAACAGGCACGGGUGUAAAUCCGGAUGGAGGCAUGGGUGCAGGCUCGGCAACAGGGAUGGGAACGGGGAUGGACGUUGGCGGCUAUCCUGCUGACGUCAUGGGGGGAAGGAACCCAGAGGAUGACGUCAUAGACAUGCAUAUGGGGAUAGCAGCGGCGGCUGUGGCAGCAGCAGCACAGGCAGUGGCAGGUGGAGCUGGUGAGCGGGGAGGAGGCGAGGGGGAGAGGGAGCCUCCUGUCAAGUCAAGGUUCAGGGGCGUAAGCCAUCACAGGCUGACUAAGCGGUGGGAAGCCUCUCUCUGGACCAACAAGAAGCAGCUCUACCUGGGAGGCUACGAUGCAGAGGAGAAGGCGGCUCGCGCGUAUGACAUAGCAGCGCUGGCAUGCAAGGGGGCAGAGGCCAUCACCAACUACCCGAAGGAUACCUAUGCGGAUGUUAUUGGGGAGUACCUCGGGAUCUCCUGUGAAGCGCUCAUUGCGAAGCUGCGCAGGGAAAGCUCGGCGUUCUCUAGAGGUCGCUCCAAGUACCGGGGCGUGUCGGGCCAGGAGGGGCGGUGGGAGGCGCGCAUCGGGUCAUACUUUGGGCGGCGGAACGUGUCUCUGGGGGUAUACGAGACGGAGGAGGCGGCGGCGGAGCAGUACGACCGGGCGCUGAUCAUCCAGAAGGGCACGCGGGCCAAGACCAACUUCUGCAUCUCCAAAUACAUUGCAGAGCACCUGCAGCACGGCCAGGAAGGAGCGCUGUUCCCCAGCCAGCAGCCCCAGUCAUCUGGUAGCAGAGCGUGUCUUACCCAGGGAGCAGCAACAGAGAUCCCCCCAGCUGCACCAUCAGCAUCUUCCGCUUACCCGCUGUCAGCUGCGGUGGCAGCUGCUGCUGCAGCAGCAGCAGCAGGAGGAGGAGCAGGAGGAGGAGCAACUGGGGAAGGGCAUGGUGGAGUGCGGUUCGGAGGGGUGAAAAAGGGUCGGAUUACUCCAGGCUUUGAUGCGCUGUACCGCCGGGCGAUGGCGGAGAUAGUAGCCAGCUCCGCUCCCUUCGCUGCGGAGGAGCAGGACAGCAGGCCGGCUGUGGAAGAGUGACUGGCCUGCUGGGCUCUCUGAAACUACUUCUGAGGCGCCUAAAAAGAACCUGCCUGCUCCCCGUUGGCUUCUGAAGAGCAGGACUACAGGCCGGUUGCGAGAGGGUGCCUGCUGGUGUUAAGGAUGCUGGGCUGGAGCCAUUGCUGCUGGCAUUUAAUUAAUUGGCGGUUUCGUCAUACUGUUCGCCUUUAGUGCUGGGAUGGGAUACUUUUGUCAUGGCAGGAUGGGUAGUUUGAUUGAAGCCUGAUUCUUUUGAU